GCUCUUGACGGCAGCAGGACUGUUCGUCUCAAAUCUUCCGACUGUGCAUGCGUAUUAUUGUCAGUAUGAUAGUUUUGGAUACGAACAGUGUUCUCUGCUUUCGCCUGGCGCUCGGAUUGGCAUUGGCAUCGCCAUAGGGGUCGCUGGCUUCCUCCUCAUCCUCGCUGUGCUAGCCAUGCGUCAGCGUCGGAUUCGCAGGGCGAACCUCGCUUAUAUCAACAACGCCGGUGAUGUGCCUCAAGCCUACCCUAUGCAAGGAUCGCCUUAUGUGCAGCCCAAUACAAACCCUGGGUACCUUCCUGGUUACACCACUCAAUUGCCACAGUACCCGCAGUAUCCCCAGUAUCCAGCCCCGGCGGCACACGAUGGCUAUGACCCUCGCAGUGGAUUUGCCCCGGCCUACCAGCCGCCUCCAAAGUAUACUGCACCUCCCGGUCUUCCUCCGUCGGCAGACAAACGUGCUUCUCUCGCUUGACGGAAUGUCGAUAUCUUGCACCUGAAUUUGGCUGAUCUGUAUCUUGUUGUGAUGUUUCGUCCCGAUCUGC